UUCACGGUCUGUGAUUAUGAUGUAACAAAAAAUUUCAAAAAUUAUAGGAAUGAAUGAAUGUUUUACCGAGAGCCCGAGAGCUGUCUGUGAGGCUAGUUGUGGUUGUUAUCGCUUACAUGAGAUAUGACUUCUUCGACACUUAAAAUAAUAGUGUUUGACCUGGAUUACACACUGUGGCCGUUUUGGGUAGACACGCAUGUCAACCCUCCGUUCAGAAAACAAAAUGGCAAAAUCUUCGACUCAUACGGCUCCCAAGUGCAGUGUUAUCCCGAGGUGCCUAGUGUGCUCCAAGAUCUGAAGGAACAAGGCUACGAGUUGGGAAUCGCCUCCCGCACGGGUGAAAUCAAAGGAGCCAGACAGCUCAUUGAAUUGUUUGGCUGGGACCGAUAUUUUAAAUAUAAAGAGAUUUUUCCUGGUUGUAAAGUAACACAUUUUCGAAACAUACAAAAAGCUUCAGGAAAGAGUUUUAGCGAGAUGCUCUUUUUCGACGACGAACACCGCAACAUUAGCGACCUUAGUAAUUUGGGAGUGACCUCAAUCCUAGUUCAUAAUGGAGUUAAUAAAAAGGUAGUCGACGACGGAAUACGGCAAUUCGCUACAGAGCGAAACUAAUUUUUAAUGAAAAA